ACGGUGAAAAGCGGGAAAGUAUGGGCGACCACCCCUGCGUGCAUACCGGCGGCUAUAUCCAAAUCGAUCCUUGCCCGCACUGUCGUUGCGAUGGUGAAUGGCGAGCUCUGGGAUUUUGACCGGCCCUUGAGCGCAGCUCCACGCUGGAAUUGCUUGACUUCAGCCACCCCGAAGCAAAAGGUGUGUACUGGCACUCAAGCGCGCAUAUCCUUGGAGAGGCCGCUGAGAAGCAGUUCGGCUGUCAUCUCUGCAAUGGUCGUGUUACAAGUAACCACCGGGCUUCGUCUACGACAUGGCCAAUAUGGAUCGGGAAAAUCAAGACGCGGAGAAGUCUGUCCCAGAGAAGCUCGCCAAUCCAUCAUCAAGCAGAGGCAGCCAUUCCAGCGCCAUGUCAUGUUCAAAGCGGACCUCGUCAAUCCGUUCUUCGGCUUGGGUCCGCCUAUUGGCUUGGUGAUAGUAAAAACAAGACCGUACAGCGUGUUGCCGGCGUCUUUUUCCCGGACAAGAAGUAACUUGAUGACUAUCACCACUUCCUGCCCGAGGCUGCCAAGAGCAACCACCGGAAAACCGGAGCAGAUUAGAAGUUUUUCUUUUUUGACCCUCUCUCCGGGCUCCUGCUUCUUUCUCUCUCACGGCGCUAGGAUAUAGAAUGCAUGCUCGACUUGCUUUGGCAGGAAUACCGACGUCGUGGGUACGACGAGGUCAUCACGCCCAACAUGUACAAGGCAGGCCUGUGGAAAAUAUUUGGCCACCGGGAUCACUACGCCGAUGGCAUGUUCACCAUUCUAGCGCGGCCUUUGUGGUUGAGUCCCAGGACGCGCCGUGGCCCGUCUGCUCUCAACUACUGAUUCCUUGCCUCUAUAUAUCGAAGGCUUGGCUCGAUAUAUCGAAGGACAAUGCCUGUUGUAAUAAUCCAACGCGUGCUUGGGAGUCUUUCAAAAGGAAUACCCAGUCACCUUGUCCCGGCGUAAAUCCAUCCCCGAAC